CCAUUCUGUAGGCUACGAUCAGCCAACCAAAAUCCGCCGAGGCUGCUUCCCCCCCACCAAUCCUAGGGUAGCAGAGGACGACAAGAUAGCUGUGGUUACUACCGAUACAUCCGGGUAUGUCACAGGAGGAAGCAGUCGGGGGGCUAUAGCGUGAUACGGCGAGGGGACGGCUAGAAGUGGGAGAAAGCCCAGUAUACCAGGACAGUAGUUGUGCCUUCUAGCUGCAUUAUGCGCUUAGCAGGUCCUGUGCGUAUCAUUGUGGUUAUCCUCACGGUGGGUCUGACAUGGAUAUUGGCUGGAAUUAUGCUGGGAACGCAGAACGGCUUCCCUCGGGUACAGCAAAUUCUGGGUGGUUCCGAUGUGAGCAGUACCGCCGACCCACGACCCAGAAGGUAUAAGUGUGGCUUACCACAGCCGUGUCCCGACAAGCACUUAGCUUUCCGAGUGGUGAGCGGAGCAGCAAAUGUCAUUGGUCCCAAAAUCUGCCUGGAAGACAAAAUGUUGAUGAGCAGCGUUCAGAACAACGUGGGCAGAGGGCUGAAUAUUGCACUGGUUAAUGGAGUGAACGGAGAGCUUAUUGAGGCCAAAUGUUUCGACAUGUGGGAAGGAGAUGUAUCUCAGCUAAUGAACUUCCUGCGCCCACUACAUGAAGGGACUUUGGUGCUUUUGGCUUCUUAUGAUGACCCAGCCACAAAGAUGACGGAGGAUGCCAGGAAGCUGAUUGGCGAGCUGGGCAGCACGUCUUCAAAGGAUGUGGCGUUCAGAGAUAGCUGGGUCUUUGUGGGCGCAAAGGGGGUCCAGGAUAAGUCUCCAUUUGAACAGCUAAUAAAGAACAGUAAAAGCACCAACAAGUAUGAAGGCUGGCCCGAGGCUGUGGAGUUAGAGGGCUGCGUGCCCCAACGCACUCUGGAUCUUGAGUGAAAGACAAUGGCAGCGUAAUACGUAACCCAAGCAGGAUCCUGUGUGUGUGUUUGUAUUGGCCUGACAGGCGUCUUAUUGACCCUAUCUGCUGUUUGCACCUUUCCUAUGCCGAUCCUGCGGCCUUCUUCUCUCGGACAUCUCUGGAUGGUGAUUUCUGCUAGCCGUGCAACGUUUUAUCAGGUUGGAACAUGACAUAAGCAGACUAAAUGAUGCCUUCAAACACAUGCACAUUCAACAGAUGUCUACCGGCCAGCCGGUGGUCAGUAAAGAAAACUGCAAUGUACACCCCACUCUCAAACCUCCAUUCCUGUGCAUGUCUCCUCAUUUCCAGUGGUCAGCAUUGCAUCUUCAGCUAAAGAACAUGACAGACCUACUUGAAAUUGUGCAAAGUUAUUCUAGGGCUAAAAGCUCCUACAUAAGCACAACCAUAUAUUUCAGAAGAUAUUUUUCUAAUUGUGCAUAGGUAAAGCAUUUGAACAGACUUCAGGCAGAUACCUCGGGUCUCCUAAGUGGCAACGGGAAAACGUGGAGGGUUGCUGUAAGGUUCCAGAAAUCUUUGGCAGUGUUGAAAUCAACAUCACUUCUUCACCAGCAUCCAAACCACACGCUUCACUUUGCCCUAAUAAAUGGAGAUAGUAGGUUUGUUUCCUGCUUGGAAGAUUCUUCUUAAAUAUUUGCCUAAUUACCACUAAUAUUGCAAGAUGAGGAGUGAUGUCAUGCCAAGUCCUUCUCAGCUGUUACUCUGUGGCAUGAUAGGUCAGAGGUCAGCAUGUUCUCCUCCCUAUAAAUACUAUUAUUGGAUACAGAUUUAUUUAUUUUAAUAUUAGAUUGUAUGAUAGCUAAGAUAAAGAGAAAUGAUCGUUUAACUACACACACAAACACUGACUCAGAAUAUAGGGUGGGGCUGAGCGGGUUUGAUAUAUAUGGAUUUGAUUCAGAGGGAGGGGUGUGUGUUUGUUUAAAUGCUAUCUCUACUCGGAAAGGUGUGAAUGUGUAUUAAUUGCAGAUGAGAAUGGAAAGAAUUCGUGACAAACGAGGGUAGUUGAAAUGCUUCCUUAAUGAUUACUUCUUUUUUUUUUAAAGAAUGGAUUUAACACAAGCUUGUCACUUGUACUGUACAAUAAAUGGAACCUUUUCUUACAAA